AGCAACAUAACAGAACUAAUAACGGAGAAAGAUCGAUGUUCGAAUUCAAAUUAUGGUUCAUUAUGGAGUCAUAUAUUUCAAUAUCGUGCAGCUCAUAUCACUGACGCAUUAAUGUGCAAACAGGUGGAAUUGAAAUUAGAGGAGUUUGAAUUUGAUAGCACUCAAAACGCGUUGUUUUUAAAGAGUUACGAUAUUUCUCUGUCUGCUGUUAAUGCCGAUAUCUCAGAGAAUGGCACUCUCAGAGUUUGUGUUGAUGACCUGCUGACUAAAUUCAAAACGGGAAAGAAUUUGAGAAUUUUCAGUAAACUCUCUGCUGUAUUUUCUAUCUUGUCGUGUGUAUGUCUAUUGAUAACGUUCCUCACGUAUUGCUUCUUUCGUGAACUAAGAUCACUUCCAGGAAAAACGAUAAUGGUUCUUGUGUCUACCAUCUUUGUCAUCAAUAUUGUGUCUCUGGCGAGUUACGGGGAAGACAAGAACAGCACAAAAUGUACCGUCGUAGGUAUUCUUCUUCACUAUCUCUGGCUCUCAUCCUUUACGAGUAUGAACACCUGUUGUUUCCACAUGUAUCGGGUGUUUCAGGCCAGAGUGCCACUGCUGAUGAACAAGUACCUGUUUAUGAAGUACUGCAUUUACAUCUUUCUCCUUCCACUUUGUACUGUUAUGGGGAAUAUGAUUGCUAUGUUUUCAAGUCGGAAGAAUGUUGGUUAUGGAAAGCAAAUCUGUUUCAUAGAUGGAAUGAUGUCCUUGAUAAUUACUUUUCUAGUUCCGGUUGGUUUACUCUGCAUCAUUAACGUGUUUUUCUUUACACAGACGAUACGUGCAAUUAAACGUUCUCCAACAGUUUCUAACAAUAAACCCGAAAGGAACGAUUUUUUGAUAUGUGUACGCUUAUUUCCUAUAACAGGAGUCUUCUGGCUUUUGCAGAUCUUAGACGGUAUUUUACCGCCAAGUUAUUUUACGUACAUUAUAUCCGUCUUAAACACAUCACAAGGCGUGUUCAUAUUCCUGGGUUUUGUUUGCAAUAAGAGGACACUUUUUAUGUACAAAAAUGUAUUUAAGGAAAAGACAGGGAGUACUAAAACUACAGAUCUCAGAAGUGCGUGUGAAACACCCAAAAUGUUAACAAGUGAAAACAGUUGCUAGUUUUGGACAUCAAAUUAUACAACCGAUGAAACGCACAUUUAUAUUUUACUCAGUAUGUGUUGUGUUUAUUAAUUCUUAUAAAGUACUUUU